AAAAUUCUUCCGCCGAAUCAGAGGAGGACGCUGAUCUUGAUGACUUAGAUCACAGUGAUGAUGACCUCUCUUAUGUCCCACAUGAGAGCUCUUCAGAUGAAUCCAGUCACAGCACUUCCUCAACCGACACAGACAAAAGACCUUCUCUCCCGAGGAAAAAAAGGGCUAAAGCGGGAAGUUCUUUGUCUAAGGCUGAAAGUGUCUGUCCCCCCAAAAAGACAACUAAUCAGAAGAAAUCAUCUGAAACUGUUGUGUCGCCAUGUUCAAAUUCUAAAGCGCAGCGUGUUUAUGACAGGAGGAAUUAUUGUGUGUUUUGCUCUAAGCCAAUGUCCAAAAUGGCACGGCAUCUUGAGAGGAUCCACAGUGACAAAGCAGAGGUUGCAGCUGCCUUUCAGUAUCCCAAAAAUUCCAAAGAAAGACAAAAGAUAUGGAACAGACUAACAAAUGAAGGAAACUUUGCCCAUAAUAAAAAUGUCUUGAAAACAGGGAAAGGCCAACUUGCUGCCCGGCAACGGCCGAGGCAAACUGGAAAAGCCCAAGACUUUCUUCAUUGUCUUUACUGUCGAGGUCUUUAUUUGAGGAAAGCUUUGCACAGACACAUGAGGUUGUGUCCAGAGAAAGUGAAGAAUGAAAAUGAAUCACAGAUCGGAAGAAAGCGUAUCGCAUUGCGGUGUUUUCUUGAAGCUUCAGAAGACCUUGGCAUAACUGAUGGUUUUAAGAGCGUUUUGUCCCAGAUGACAUACGAUCAUGUGGCUGAAGCUAUCAUGGAUGACAAGGUCAUCUUGCAGUUUGGCGAGCUCCUGUUUAAACAGCACGGAUCAGAUGUGAAGAGGCAUGAACAUAUAAGGCAGAACCUUCGUCAGUUAGCAAGGCUUGUACUCGAAGCUCAAAAGAUAACUCCUCUGAAGAAACUGGAGGAUUUCUUUCUCCCCUCAAGCUUUCCACAUGUGGUGUCUGCGGUGAACGUCCUGGCAGGCUACGAUCCGGAAAAAAAAUCGUACAGCAUUCCUUCACUCGCCAUCAAGCUGGGCUACCACCUACAGAAGGCCUGUAGUAUCGUUGAGGGUAACGCAGUGGAGUGUGGUGAUGAAAGUCUGGCAGAGUCUGCGCGAAAGUUCCUCUCUGUGUACCAGAAAAAAUGGAACAAACUCAUUUCUGCAGGUGCAUUAACAACACUCAGAGUAACAAAACUGAACACCGCAAAGAAGGUGCCGUUAGCUCAAGAUGUAAAGCGCCUGAACUUCCACAUGGAGAAUGUUCAUGUUGUUGCUGAGAAAAAGCUCAGAGAGAGCCCUUCUGCAGAAAACUAUGCUGCUCUGGCCAAGGUAAUACUGGCUCGAACAAUACUUUUCAACAGGAGAAGAGCCGGAGAGGUAUCGUCAGUGCAACUAACAGCUUUUAUGUCACGGAAAACGUCGAACCUGCACGCAGGCAUGGACAUAAGCAUGUCAGAUUUGGAAAGAACCAUGUGUGGAUUCUUCACCAGAGUAGAUAUACGAGGAAAGUGCGGCAGAAUGGUCCCGGUUUUACUAAAACCAUCAUUCGUUUCUGCUAUGGAGCUUCUUUUGAAGGUUCGUGAGACCUGUGGAGUCCCCAGUAAAAAUCCCUUCCUGUUUGGCCGGCCAAAUGCACUGUCUGCCUACAGCGGGUCAGAGUGCAUCCAAAAAUAUGUGAAAGCAUGCGGAGCUCAAGACCCUGAAACCCUGACAUCGACAAAAAUCCGGAAGCAUUACGCAACAAUGCUACAGAUGAUGAACCUGGACGAAAACGAGGCCAACCAAAUUUUAGGCCCCAAUAAUCAAGUCCAAACCCUGCGACAUGACAGCAGCAUGGAGCUGGAUGACGUCAAAAUGGACUGUUACGAGAGAUUCCAAUCUGCAAGAGAACAACAAGCUGCAUCAUGGGAUCACAAUGGAUCAGCAGAGUUUUAUCCUGAACAAGCACAUGGAGCAACAACAGACACCAACAUAGCUGCAACUCCAAAACCUGUCAACUGGGGCAACAAAGGCUCCCAAAAUAAUGGUAAACAUAAAUGGGAGGAAGCAGAGGUCCUCGCUGUUGAAAGACAAAUGAUGCGUUUAAUUCAAGGACACAAGGUGCCUCAGAAAAACGACUGCAUUCAGUGUCUCGAGGCUGAGCCAGAAGCGCUGAGGAACCGUUCAUGGAAAGGUGUAAAGGACUACGUCAGAAACAGGAUCACUGCCCUGAAAAGACAAAGUGGAGCUUCUCGGGCUACGUCCACAAACAGUAACUUGCCCGGGCAAGUGGAACCGCAGCAGAGUACCGGACAGUUCUGAAUGAAUCUGUUUGUGCAAUUUUGCCCUCCCACCUUUUUUGUCCUUCACCACUUAACCACCCUCUGUUCCUCUUUGUCUUUCAUACAGUCAUCUCUUUUGCAACGUUGUGAGAGUUUCUAUCCAUUAGGAUGAAAUAUAGAUUGAUAUUUCAUCUUUUCUGUUUUUAUGGUUCAUGGUGGCGCAUUUAGACGCAGAGGCCAGUAGCGCCUUCAAACUUUACUGCACUUUUGUUUUUUAUCAGUUUUUUUUCCAGCUUUAUUGCCAAAACACGUAUGACCUAUGAUUGGAAUACAGUCAUUGGAAAAGGAAGCCAGGCUUUUGGAUUAAAGAGCAGCGGACUUUAGAUGAUCCACCCAGCCCGAUCAACCAGACCAAUCACCACAGCGGGUGCAAUAAUCGCCCAGAGUAGAGGAAAGAGAGCCUGGAUAAGCCUUAAGGACUUAAGGUUGCUCGUAAAGGUCUGGUCUGGACAAAACGGGACUCAGGUCGGCAUAUCAACGAUAAUCAGAGACUUCAUCCCAAAGCACUCAGCGUGCAGACCGUGUUCUGAGCUGACAGACCACAAGACUGGCAAGAUGAGAGGAGGCAGACUCUGUGUUUUACAUUGAUGAUUCUUGGUGCUCAAAUUAAGUCAAAAUGGACACUGUUUCCCAAAUGUCAGACUUCUUUAUGUGAAGAUAAAAAACAUAUUAUGAUCACUAUCUUGUUGUUGCUGUUUACAAAUUCAAAAAAUGCACUGCAAAAUGUUCAGGGUGUAUAUGUGUAUGUAUAUAAGUGUAUAAAUAACUUUAUACUGUUUUAUUUUAUGUUACCAUACUUUAAUACACGUUAAGUUCUGUAUGUGUAGCAUGAAGGGACUAUAAACCUUCUUUUUGUUAUACGAUGAUAAUACGAUGAUAAAUAAACGACCUUGAUUACAGGA